ACCUCGGCAUUUGAGACCCGCGGGUCCACGCUUCAUGUGGAAGAAAGGGAAAAGAGUUAUCGAUGGCAAUUGUCCUUUUCUCCUUCAUCCUCUUUUCUUUUAACUGAAGAAUCUCUCUGAAUAUAUCCUCCCCUUUCUAUUGCGAUUCCUUUCAUUCCCUCUCGUUCACCUAAAGACACCUAUCUCAUCGUUAUCUCUCGGCCGACAUGAGCACCCCCGGAGACUACGACGCGGUCCGCAAGGACAUCGUCGCUCAACUCAAGAAACCAGACUACGAUGACGGCAGCACCGGUCCCGUAUUCGUGCGCCUGGCCUGGCACUCCUCCGGCACCUACGAUCUAAAAACCGACACAGGCGGCUCCAACGGCGCGGGCAUGCGCUACGAAGCCGAAGGCGGCGACCCAGCCAAUGCCGGCCUCCAACAUGGCCGUGCCUUCCUCGAACCCGUCAAGCAAAAACACCCCUGGAUCACAUACUCCGACCUAUGGACACUAUCCGGCGUCGUGGCGAUCCAGGAGAUGGGCGGUCCUGAGAUCCCAUGGAAGCCCGGCCGCACGGAUCUAGUUGAUGACAGCAAGGUUCCUCCUCGCGGGCGGUUGCCUGAUGGCGCGCAGGGAGCAGAGCAUUUGCGGUUUAUCUUCAAUCGGAUGGGGUUUGAUGACCAGGAGAUUGUUGCGUUGGCGGGGGCGCAUAAUCUGGGGCGCGCGCAUAUCGAUCGGAGUGGAUUCCAUGGGGCGUGGGUGAAUAAUCCGACGCGGUUUUCGAAUCAGUUCUUCAAGUUGUUGCUCAAGUUGAAGUGGACGAGGAAGACUUUGCCGAAUGGCGUGAGUCAGUUUGUCUAUGCGGAUCCGGAUUUGGAGGAGGAUGAGGAGCCAUUGAUGAUGUUGCCGACCGAUGUUGCGCUGAUCGAGGACCCGUCGUUUAGGACGUGGGUUGAGAAGUAUGCGGAGGAUAAGGAUUUGUUCUUUGAGGAUUUCGCCAAGGUGUUUGCUAAGUUGAUUGAGCUUGGUAUUCGGCGGGAUGAAAAGGAUGCCAUUGUCAACACUGACAAUGUCAAGGGUGGAUAUCUUUCUGCUCCGAAGAAGAGUGACACGGCUACGGGGCCAGUGCGCGCCAAGUUAUAAUCUUUUUUGUUUGUUUUGGGUUUCGGGUUUAGAGAUAAUGCUAGAUGUACAGGUUGGGACACUAGAUUUAGAAUACCAUGUUUGCUAGGUUUUGCUAUACAAUAUAAUGAUCUACCAG